UCUUCUUAUGGAAAAAGAGAAAAGUGUGUACAGUAGUGGUUAAAUUUAAAGCUAUCGAGGGACCUAAGGCAAAAUAAAAACUACUAAACAAAAGCACAUUGUAUAAGAUAAGAUAUUGAAAAAUUAAUUCAAUAAGAGAUAGAGUAGAAAAGGAGAGAGUGACAGAGAGAGGAGAUAGAGUGUGUGGAGAGAACAGAACCCACAUAGGUAAGCGAGAUUUUGGAGAGAGAAACAGGGCACCAGAGGAGGGAGGGGGAGAGAGAGAAAACGAAACAAACAAAGCCUAUUUCCCCGUCGUCGUCCUCCGUUUGCCGCUCCAUCACUCUCUCUCUCUGCCCCUCUCGCCGUCUGGCGGCGGAUGAGCGAUUGCCUCGUCGCUGCAUCCGGUCGGGCUCAGAAAUCGCGGCGACCAUGGCGAGCAAUGUGCGCGGCAGAUCGCGGCGCAGGGGAGAGAGCGGCGGGUCGUCCGAGCGGAAUACGGCGCAUUCCGCAGUUCCCACCGUGGAUCACCAUGGGUUUGUGUCCUUGACGAAACAAGCAAUUUAUCCUGGGAUAAUAUCUGAUCCUCUGUUUGCUGCGGGAAACAGGCAAAGUAAAUCAAGAGAAGCCAGUGUUGUACCGAUGAAAAUGCUAAUAGACGAAGAAUUCUCAAAAGAUGUCAAUGCUAGGCACAUUUCACCAGGUCCUGUAGGGAGAUUAAUGGGUCUUCAUUCACUGCCUUCAUCUGGAACUUGUAGCCAGCACAGAUAUAGCCAUAGCCAUGCACGAAAGACUUCACCCAGUAGUUCUCAUGAUCGAUAUGGUGUAUAUGAAGACAUUCCACAUAGGAGAAGCGCAGAUGACAUCAGGGAUGUUUUUGAAGUUAUGGAGGGCACAAAAGCAAAGAUGCACCGGAGCCCCAGAUCCAGAAAUGGAAAUACUAGUUCCAGAUCUGACAAGAUUGACAGUGCAGAUAUAGAUUUCAUAAGGCAGAAAUUUAUGGAUGCUAAGCGUCUUUCUACUGAUGAAUCCCUUCAUAUGUCAGAAGAAUUUAAUGAGACACUUGAUGCAUUGGUAUCUAAUCGGGAUCUUCUGCUGGAAUUUCUUCAAAAGUUUGAUCCUAUUGUCAAAAGGGACCUGCAUAAUCAUGGUUCUCCAUCCUCCACCGCAAACUGCAUUACAAUAUUGAAACCAUCUCGAAGAAAUCAAUUUACUGGCAUGGACAAUAUUUAUCCACAAGAUAAAGGUACCGAAAGCUACUUCAACAUGCAAAAGGAAGAGAAACAAUCUUUGAGGAAGCCAAAUUUGAAUGUGUCCUCUCAAUCCCUAAAAGAAGAGUCUGGUUCAUUGAGGCAGAAGCUGUCAAGGUCAAGUCACCAGGAAAACACCGACAAACGAACCUGUCCCACCCGGAUUGUUGUCCUGAAGCCAAGUCUUAUGAAAGUUCAUGAUAUUGAAGGAGCCUUUGCCCUAAAUCAUAAAAUCUCUCAUUCUGAUUAUAGAAGACACAAAGAAUGUCAUGAUGUUGGUAGAUGGAGUCCGAAUGCUGAAGAAGAGUACAUGUGUCAGGUGUCCCUUGGAGACUCUGAAACAUUAGGCCAUAUGGGGAAGGGCUCUAGAGAAAUUGCUAGGGAGAUCACGAAACAAAUGAGAUCUGCUAGGGGUGGAAGUAGGAAACAUGUUGUCAAACCAGAGACCAGAACUUUUGUUUUAGACGAAAGGUCACAGUCCCUGUCAUCCGUUACUAAGCUCAAGACUUCAGAGGCAUUCCAUAGAUCCCCCGAGCUAUGUGAUGCUUGGACUUCAUCCAGCUACAACUCUUCGCCAACAUAUUCAACUGAAACAUCAGUAAGCAAGGAAGCAAAGAAACACCUCUCUAAGAGAUGGAAGAAGACCCAUCUGUGCCAGCAUCAAGUAACUGAUAAUGAUGGCUUCAGCACGCUUGGGGAUAUGCUUGUUCUCUCGGAUCAGGAUACAUCAAAAGUUGCUACCCAUAAAAUGGCUUGUCGGAAAUGUCCAAAGGGAGAAGUGCAGAGAAAUAGAAUGCAGGGUUCGUGCAACGAUGGUUCGAGAGAUGCAGCUACAAGUAAUUUAACUCGGUCCAAGUCUCUUCCAUCAUCCUUCAUCCGCGGAGUUCCAAAGUCUAACAACAGAAAAAGAACUGGUAGUGGUAGGCAUAAUGAGUUUUCUAUGCUUAAAGAUGUUCUUAAGGUGGGACCCCACUAUUCUGAAUAUGCAUGUCGUGGCAGACCAAGGCAAUCUCUAAGUAGAGGUUCUACAUUUCAUGGUGAUGAAUCUGAUCUGAUGUCCCCAGGUAAUGAGGAAAGAAUGGUAAUUGAACGUGAGAUACACGUAAAUUACGAGGAAACAGCUAAUGGGAUUGCCAUGCCAGAUACUUCUGAACAGUCACUACAUCCUGCAAAUCUUGACGAUGAACUAGAUGCAGUAGGUUUUCUGGAUACCAGUUCUGCAGUCCCUGACAUGAAUCAAGAACCUAUGUCUCCUGCUGGAGCUGGACAGAACCAGCAAAAGCUUAAACAGUCAGCAACAGCAUUUGACGACCACCUUCUUGUCCCUAAUCUCGAUGAUUUGGUGACUGAGGAUGAGCGUAUUGAAUACCAUCAAGCUGAUAAUUACCCACCUGUACAUGAUCCCCGGACAGAAUCAGAAUUUCCUGACGGGAUUGGUCACCACCAAGGGCAUGACAAUCAAACCCUUUGUAUUCCACCAACUGGAUCAGAAUCGCCAAUGACCUCUAACAAAGAUGAGCAGCGAAGUCCCGUGUCUGUUCUUGAAUCUUCCAUGGAUGUGGAAGAUGUUUACUCAGGAGAUUUUGAGAAAAUUAGUGCGGAUCUUCAAGAACUCAGAAUGCAACUUCGACUUCUCAAGAGGGAGACCACGGACAGGGGAGAUGAUACCGAGCUUUUUAUAUUGAGUGAUGAUGAGGCGGCAUGUCAGCCACCUCCUGAAAUGGAAAAUUCCCAUACUUUUAGGGAUGACGAAGAAAGGGAUUUCUCCUACGUGCUUGAUGUUCUUACUGAUAUGGGCAUUAAUUCUGCUAACCCGGAUGUGCUACUUAACAAGUGCUAUUUCUUGGAGUGUCCUGCAGGCCCUGAUUCAUAUGAUAAACUUGAACAGAGGUACAGUAGCCUCAUUUUGUGGCCGCAACCUGAGAGGAAGCUCUUGUUCGAUAUCACAAAUGCUGCUCUUGCGGAUAUAAUCACCUCUCUAAUGCAGUGUGGCUCAAAGGGGUUGUUGAGGAGGUGCUCGCCCGAGUGGGAUGAGGGGUUUGUGGAGAUGGUGUGGCAAAGGGUGGUCCAGGUACGUCAAGAAAUGGAGUUUAAUCAGGAAGGGCUAUUAUUAGAUGUAGAGUGGGUUGGUUCUGAAGACGGCACCUAUCUGGUCGGGAGCGAUAUCGGGAGUACUUUGCAAGAAGAUCUCCUUGAGGAAAUCAUAGCUGACUUCCUGGGGGUGACUAAAUCCGCCAAGCUUUUUGGCUAGGAUGGCCAAUGUUUUCACCCGUAGCCAUUAUAAGCAUAUGCAUGGAUUGGUAGCUGGUAAAAUCCGGUGAAAAUGGAGCCCUCAAUGAACGGCUAAUGAGAAGCUGAUUAUUGUUAAAGAACUCCAGAAAAACACCUCAUGGCUCCCGAAGUACAUAAGCUAAGAUGGCGUAGGUAGGUACUGAAUCAUCAGACAAGUGAGAUCUCGGUUGGGCCUGGUUGUGUCAUGUAUAUUUUACUAUUGGUUCCGAACUCCUCAAUAACCUGAUCCAUCCUGACUCCGAAAGGUGGAAUUUUCGCUCGCAUAA